UGUGUGUGUGUAUUGCUGAGUGAACACAUUUCUCCAUUACAAGCAUCCUGUCUCUCUCGCUAAAAGCUUUGCUUAUUGAUCUUUGCGCGAGCGCCUACAUGUGUGCUGCUGUAUUCUUAAGCGAGAGAGGAGGGAGUGAAGAUACUGUACGCGCCCCGCGGUGCCGCCCGGUCUGAGCUCGUGUCCAUCAUCAUCAUCAUCAUCACUGCUUUUCUUUUUCCUCCUCUCGGUAUCAGCAUCAGAUAAUUAGAAUCCAUCACUAUCACGAACGCUUUCAUUCUGCAGCAAGAGAAGUGCGCGUGCUGCAGAGAUUUCCUCUCUUUCUCUCUCUCUCUCUCUCUCUCCCUCCCUCGCGCGCGCCAUACGCGCCCUCCUUCGCACGCGUGCACAUACACGCGCGUGCGGUUAUAGAGACUCGCGCUCUGCUCUGUCACACGAGAAGAGGACAGACGGAGGAGAACAGAGGCCGGAGUCUCGCGCUGUUCAGGAUGCACCGGAGCUGAGGACGCUCCCACUGACCGCGCGAGCUUUCUGUCUUUUCAUCUGUGAUUAGCGCGCGAACACAGUGUGCGUGGAGGAAGGCGCGUGAGAGAUAGAGAACAUGGCCUCCUCGUGCAGCAGUUCGCCGGAGGGAGGAUCCCCGCCGCAUCAGGGCCGUGUGCGCCAGUCGGACAGUAACACCAGUUUUUUGAGAGCAGCAAGAGCCGGAAAUGUUGAGAAAGUUCUGGAGCUUCUGAAGGGAGGACAAGACAUCAGUACUUGUAACCAGAAUGGGUUGAAUGCUCUUCACCUCGCUGCUAAAGAAGGCCAUGUGGAGAUGGUGGAGGAGCUGCUGGAGAGAGGAGCAACUGUAAACUCAGCUACCAAGGUAUAA